UCUUCAUUAAAAGCCGGGAAAGCCAAUCUGUUAUUUAUAAACCUGCCGGGACUUGACUGUCGCGAUGUACAACACCGUGUGGGACAUGGACCGCGAUGACACGGACUGGAGGGAAGUGAUGAUGCCCUAUUCCACUGAGCUGAUAUUUUACAUUGAAAUGGACCCUCCAGCUCUUCCUCCAAAGCCCCCCAAACCAAUGACUCCAGUCAGUACGAAUGAAAUAAAAGAUAAUUCCAGUUUCUCUCUGCAGGAAGCAGAGUGGUACUGGGGGGACAUCUCACGGGAAGAAGUAAAUGACAAAUUACGAGACAUGCCAGAUGGAACAUUCCUGGUGCGUGAUGCAUCAACCAAGAUGCAGGGAGACUACACUCUGACAUUACGGAAGGGUGGCAACAAUAAACUGAUAAAGAUCUAUCAUCGGGAUGGAAAAUAUGGCUUUUCUGAUCCACUGACAUUUAAUUCAGUUGUGGAACUGAUUAACCACUACCGCAAUGAGUCUCUUGCUCAGUAUAACCCAAAGCUUGAUGUGAAGUUGAUGUAUCCGGUGUCCCGAUACCAGCAGGAUCAGUUGGUGAAAGAAGAUAACAUAGAUGCAGUAGGUAAAAAGCUUCAAGAAUACCAUGCUCAGUAUCAGGAAAAGAGUAAAGAAUACGACAAAUUGUAUGAAGAAUAUACCAGAACGUCACAGGAAAUUCAGAUGAAGAGGACCGCAAUUGAAGCAUUUAAUGAAACUAUUAAGAUAUUUGAGGAACAGUGCCACUCACAAGAGCGAUACAGCAAAGAAUACAUUGAGCGAUUCCGCAGGGAGGGGAAUGACAAAGAAAUUGAACGGAUAAUGAUGAACUAUGAGAAAUUAAAAUCACGCCUGGGUGAGAUCCAUGAUAGUAAAAUGCGCCUGGAACAAGAUUUGAAGAAACAAGCUCUGGACAACAGGGAGACUGAUAAGAAAAUGAAUAGUAUCAAGCCUGACCUAAUUCAGCUCCGCAAAAUCAGAGAUCAGUAUCUUGUAUGGCUCAAUCACAAAGGGGUGAGACAGAAGCGAAUAAACGACUGGCUGGGGAUCAAAAAUGAAAAUAUUGAUGACACAUACUUUGUGAAUGAAGAAGAUGAAAACCUGCCACAUCAUGAUGAGAAAACUUGGUUUGUUGGUGAUCUCAACCGUAUCCAAGCAGAAGAUUUGCUCUGUGGGAAACCUGAUGGAGCAUUUUUAAUUCGUGAGAGUAGCAAGAAAGGAUGUUAUGCUUGUUCUGUGGUAGCUGAUGGAGAAGUGAAACACUGUGUGAUCUACAGCACUCCAAGAGGUUACGGGUUUGCAGAACCAUAUAACCUGUACAGCACACUUAAGGAUUUGGUUCUUCAUUACCAGCAGACAUCCCUUGUUCAACACAAUGAUUCUCUAAAUGUCAGGCUUGCCUAUCCUGUCUACGCACAGAUGCCCCCCUCUCUCUGCAGAUAAAUUUUGAGGAGGAGGAAAGUGUUGGCUAUCUUGGAUUCUUUUCUACAGUUUUUAUUAGAACUUGGAGGGCAUUCUUUCUCCUUAGACUGCUUGUUUUGCACAAGAAGUGAUUCUGUGAAUGUGAAUCAAAAAGAGGCCUAGCAGCAACAAGACGACAACUUGGGUGUAGGUGUCCUGGUGCUACCUUAAAAGCUCAGCUGUGCUUUUACACUGAUACUUUUGUUUCCUUAUGAGGGGAAUAAACUCGACACAAUGCAUACAAAAAUACUGGAAGCAAAACAUCAUUUUAUGGAGAUAAUUUUUUGCCAGGCACCUUCAGUGGAACUUGUAAUUGGAUUUUGUUUUCUCUUGUUCUUGUAGAGACAAUUUGGAGCCUCUGUUUGAGGCAUCAGUAAUGUCUUUCAGUCUUAAACUCCCAAGAAACUAGGGGGGAAACUCUUCCACAGCAAUUCUUCUCUGUUAAUUUUAGCAGCUUCACUGCAAUUCAGCCGAACUUCCAAAAGUGGGCUUGUCUUGAGGUAGCAAGGAAUUUAGUGAGAGGAGACC